CACCGCGCGGGCGUCAGCUGACUGCACGGCCGCCGCCGUCCCUGCAGCCUCUGAGACUCCAGCAGGCCGCUGUCGCUGUCGCCGCCACCGCCGCCGCCGCCGCCGCCGCCAUGGCUCAGUACAAGGGCGCCGCGAGCGAGGCGGGCCGCGCCAUGCACCUGAUGAAGAAGCGGGAGAAGCAGCGCGAGCAGAUGGAGCAGAUGAAGCAACGGAUUGCCGAGGAGAACAUAAUGAAAUCUAACAUCGACAAGAAGUUCUCUGCGCACUACGACGCCGUGGAGGCGGAGCUCAAGUCCAGCACCGUCGGUCUCGUGACCCUGAAUGACAUGAAGGCCAAGCAAGAGGCGCUGGUGAAGGAGAGGGAGAAGCAGCUGGCCAAGAAAGAGCAGUCGAAGGAGCUGCAAUUGAAGCUGGAGAAGCUACGAGAGAAGGAGCGCAAGAAGGAGGCCAAGCGGAAGAUCUCCAGCCUGUCCUUCACUCUGGAGGAAGAGGAGGAGGCAGGUGACGAGGACGAGGAGGUGGCUGUGUAUGAGGAGGAGCUGGAGAGGGAAGAGAUCACUGCAAAGAAGAGGAAAUUGGGGAAGAACCCAGAUGUGGACACGAGCUUCCUGCCCGACCGAGACCGUGAGGAAGAGGAGAACCGGCUCCGGGAAGAGCUGCGGCAGGAGUGGGAGGCCAAGCAGGAGAAGAUCAAGAGCGAGGAGAUCGAAAUCACCUUCAGUUACUGGGAUGGCUCCGGGCACCGGCGGACGGUCAAGAUGAAAAAGGGCAACACGAUGCAGCAGUUCCUGCAGAAGGCCCUUGAAAUCCUGCGCAAAGACUUCAGCGAGCUCAGGUCAGCGGGGGUGGAGCAGCUCAUGUACAUCAAGGAGGACCUGAUCAUCCCCCACCACCACAGCUUCUAUGACUUCAUUGUCACCAAGGCCCGAGGGAAGAGUGGGCCGCUCUUUAAUUUCGACGUUCACGAUGACGUGCGGCUGCUCAGUGACGCGACCGUGGAGAAGGACGAGGUGUGGCGGGGGAGGAAGAGCGGAGGGGCGGGGUGCCCGCCCUCCCCCCCAGUAGCCUUGAACGGCCCUUCUCCCCGCCUCAGUCACACGCGGGCAAGGUGGUGCUGCGGAGCUGGUACGAAAAGAACAAGCACAUCUUCCCUGCCAGCCGCUGGGAGCCCUAUGACCCCGAGAAAAAGUGGGACAAGUACACGAUCCGGUGAAUGUCGCCGCGCCUCCGACCCCCUCCGCCCCCUUCCCGGGGCCUCCGGACUCCGGGCGCUGCCCCCCACUGUCCCGGCCCUGACGUGAAGGGCCGGCUGGCCCCUGCCCCUGCCGUCGUCAUUUACUGCCUUUUUCUUUUACAGUAAAUAAACACGUGUCCGAGUCGGAA